CGCAGCGCUCCGCGGGAGGGCCGAGCAUGGCCGGCGGGGAAGGAGCGGGCUCCGGCGUGCCGGAGUGCCGGGAGCAUCUCUUCAAGGUGCUGGUGAUCGGGGAGCUGGGCGUGGGGAAAACCAGCAUUAUCAAGCGGUACGUGCACCAGCUCUUCUCCCAGCACUACCGGGCCACCAUCGGGGUGGAUUUUGCGCUCAAAGUCAUCAACUGGGACAGCAAGACCCUGGUGCGGCUGCAGCUCUGGGAUAUUGCAGGCCAGGAGCGCUUUGGAAAUAUGACCAGAGUAUACUACAAAGAGGCAGUUGGUGCUUUUGUGGUCUUUGAUGUCACAAGAGGCUCCACUUUUGAGGCUGUUUCAAAAUGGAAGCAUGAUUUGGACAGUAAAGUACUACUUCCCAAUGGCAACCCCAUCCCUGCUGUUCUUCUUGCAAACAAGUGUGACCAGAAGAAGGAUGGCAGCCAGAAUCCCUCUCAAAUGGACCAGUUCUGCAGAGAAGGUGGCUUUGUUGGAUGGUUUGAAACAUCUGCCAAGGACAACAUCAACAUAGAUGAAGCUGCUCGAUUCUUGGUGGAAAACAUCCUUGCCAACUACAAAACCUUCCCUAAUGAAGAGAAUGAUGUGGGGAAGCCAAAACUGGACCUAGACCCAUUGAAAGCAGAGAGUAAAUCACAAUGCUGCUAAUGCUAUCACUGUUCAGUAAAUGUGAUGGGAUGAGCAGCAAGACUGUUCCUUAAAUCAAACUGCUGCUAUGGUGCUGCGUUGUGACAAUCCAUAUGGGGUGUCUGGUAUUAUCUGAAUAGGUGAUUCUUGUGGGUGUUUACAUAUUCUUGUUUAGCAUGAAACGGAGUAUCUUUUAAGUUACCACUCCACUUGCUUGAGUGACUACACCUAAGUCUGACUAGUGUCUUCUUACUUGAGAACAUAAGGAGGUAGUGUUUACACUCCUAAAAAGGAACAAAGACAACAUUCAGUGUCUAGUUUGCUUCUAGGACAUAUGUUAUAUUCCAUAUAGGACUCAGUCAUCAUGGUUUUAGCUGAACAGACACUUGCACCUUUAAGCUUUUCCUUUAUCACCAGUAAUGUCCCACUUCAGCCUUCUUGCCUACAUUCUUGUCCCUAUUUAUUAUCCCCCACUAUGAAGAUCUGUCUCAUUGCUAGUUCUCCUGGAUCAAGACAUCCCAGAAAUCUUGAAGGGGUCAAUGACAGAUGGGAGGUAUCUUUCUUAGUGUGUUCACUAGGAUUGAGUGAAGUAGAUGGCUUUUACCACUGAGUAAGAACAAGAUGGGUAAAUGGUACUUAACAGGGGAAAGGCAUGGUUAUAGAAAUACUAACAAAAAUGCGUCUCUAGCCACUUAAGGCAGAAUAUUUUCAGCUAAUACUUUACAUAUGAAACACAUUAAUGGAGUUGCUGGCACAUAGUUAUGUUAACCUCACCCAUAUGCACAUCCAGAAAUAAACAUCCAGUAACUUCUUCAGGCACUAACACUGAAAACUUUACCAAGAGUGCAAAGUAAGUAUCUUAGUCCUGUGAUAAUGAACUUGCUGUUUUUUCCUUCAGUCUUGAGAUGGUUCUUAAUGCCAUGAGGAAGGAGAGAGGUCUUGAAGGAAAUAGCUUAACUGGUUCUUGCUAGCCUAUCAAGCACCCCACCCCCUCACCCCCACCUCCUCAGCUCUAUCUUCAAUUUUAGAACAGUGCUGCACUCUUCUGAUUGCUUGGAGCUGGUGAACUGGUUUACCAGUUUGUAACUCUAUGCUGAGAUGCCUAUGUUUCCUUGUUAUAACUCAUGUAUUUUUGGCAGCAAAUGAAGAGCAAAAGGAUUAGAGAUUUCAUGGUUCUUGAAUAUGUUCUGGAACUCUGGCUCUGCUUGGCUGAAAGGCUUUGAAGCACCUCUUUAUUUUAAGGGUUUCUUCUGUCCUGGUACCUCAUUGCUACUGACUUCAGAAGUCUUAUCUUGCUUGGUUUGAUGGUGCUGAUUAAGUAAACAUCAGCAUAUGAAGUACAUGCCAGAUUGGAUAUACAUUAAUCUGUAUUGAGAUUUCCUAGGCUGUCUUUUUUUUUUUUCUUCUGGAGAGUAAUGUACUUUUUAAAAGGCAAAUAAAUGUAUUUGGGCAUCUUAUGUAUGUUGUUGGUGUAUGGUUUUGAGCAAAAGAAUCUUCAUAUCAUGUAUUCCACUCUAUACACAAAUACUUUCACUGACAUUUGAAAACAGCUUUAUCUUCUGGUAGCUGCUGUGUUAAAGGCUUAUUUUAAAUUUCCACAAUAAGGCUUGGCAUAAGUUAAAAUUUGGUUUAACUAGCUUAGGAUAAGAUAAUACAGAUGAAAGGUUUAUUGGGAAGUGUUCUAAGCCAACAUCCUUUUCCAAGCAAAGUCAUACCAGGGUGUUUAGGCUUUCACAUGGUCUGGUCUUAAACCUUCAACAAUGGAGAUUGUAUGGCCCUGGGAAAGUUGUUUCAAUGCCUGACUGUCCUCUGGUGGAAAGGUUCAAUCUAGAUAAACUUCAACUUAUGUCCAUGCUCUUUUAUCCUCCUACCAUGCACCACUGUAAAGACUGUGUCUGUUAGGCUUGUGCAAAUUUAUUGGGCACUUAAAACUUGAUUGCUAAUUUUUUUUGAAAGCCUCUAGCACUUCAGAAAGUAAGUUGCACCCCAUC